GGCAACACUCGCUCCCACGUUCCCUCCGACGCCAUCUAGGAAAAAGAUGUCUGAGGAAGCGGACGGUCCGGACGCGAUCAAGGCGGCUCCAGGAGAGUCAGGAAACGUAGAUGGCGACAGUGAAGGAGGUUCGGGCCCGCCCAUGGCCAUGCGCGGCGGGCGAGGGGGUUUUAGAGGAAGAGGGCGAGGGUUUGGACCCAUGGGCCCGAUGGGACCCAUGGGGCCAAUGGGACCGAUGGGCCCAAGAGGACCUGGGGGGCCUGGUGGACCACCAGGCCCCGGUGGCCCUCGCUUCAGAGGCCGAGGAGGACCCGGCUUCCGACCCCCUCCCCCAGGGUUCAGGGGCCCCCCACCUUUUGGUCCCAGGGGACCGCGAUUUGGCCCACGUGGACCCCCACCUCCAUAUGAUCCCAACUGGGGGCCCAUGCCACCCCCUCCACCUGGUAUGGGGGGGCCAAUGGGACCUCCUGGUAUGCCUCCCAUGGGGCCAAUGGGUCCGAUGGGCCCCAUGGGGCCACCCGGACCCUGGGGACCAAUGGGGCCACCAGGUCCUGGGGGACCACCCAGCCAGCAGCCCAACCAAAAUCAACAGAAUUCCUUUGGUGGAAUGGACCUAAGUGGAGAGAUCUGGGUUGAGACCAAGACAGGUGAGGGCAAAUCCUAUUACUACAAUGCACGCACGAGAGAAACCACAUGGACCAAGCCAGAGGGUGAAGGGGUCAAGAUUCUCACACAGCAAGAGGUUGAAGCUAUGGCUCAGGCAGCAGGAGUGACACCGGGCAGCCAGGGGGGAAAUAACAGUGGGCCACCAAACUCAGGUGCAGGAGCUAAUUCAGGCAACAGCAGUGGCAAUCAGCAGGGUCCAGGUGGUGGAAGCGGGGGCAACAGCAGCAGCAAUGGGCCCUCAAACCAAGAGAACGGGGACGAUGAUGGUGACGACAGUGAGAGUGGGCCAGGAGGCUGGCAGGGGCCCCAGGGACAGUGGGGGCCUCCUGGUGGGGGCAUGGGUCCUCCACCUGGUGGCCCACCCUUUGGGAUGCCACCAGGUGGCCCCUACCCAGGCCCAGGGGGACCGCCUCCCUAUGGCAUGCCUCCAGGACCUCCAGGUUUUGGCCCUGGUCCUGGUCCUGGUUGGAAUGGCUAUGGGCAUGGCAUACCCCCAGGUCCUCCCAUGGGACCACCUGGCUGGGGUAUGCCCCCUCCAGGCAUGGGAGGGAUGCCCCAGGGGGGGAUGCCAGGACCCAUGGGUGACCACCAGCAGCAACAGCAACAGCAGCCGCAGCAACAGCAGCAACAACAGCAGCAGCAGCAACCACAGCAGCAGCAACAGCAGCAGCAUGAGCCAGAAUCAUUGUCAGGGCCUGAUGGUAGCAGCACAGGCCCUAGCGGCAGUACCACCACCAGCGAGAGCUCGGUGACAAACAACAGCUCUGCCAUCGUGGUUCAAAGUAGCACAACUGUUGUGACACAGGGCGCACCUUCGUCUUCAGUAGACGACUCCAACCUAGACCCUGAGAUGGUUUCCCAGGCAGCCCACUGGACAGAGCACAAGGCCCCAGAUGGCAGAAGCUACUAUUACAAUUCUAAAACUCUGGAAUCUGUUUGGGAGAAGCCGCAGGCCAUGAAGGAUUUGGAAGCGGCAAGGUUAGCACUUGCACAGGGCAUCACAUUAUCAGUCAGUUCUGGCCCAGGAGCACCAGGCACAGAAACUAAGCCCAUACAGGAGACUACUGCACCCAAGGUGAAUGGGGACAGAGCAGAGUCUCCAGAUAACAAGGACACCCCCAUGGAGGUUGAUAAUGAUGAUUCAAAGGAUGCAGAUGCAGAUGAUCAAAAGAGCCAGCAGGACUUGAGCCGGCCAGUGUCCUCUCAGCCUGUGUCUGGAACCCCUUGGUGUGUUGUAUGGACAGGAGAUGGCAGGGUCUUUUACUACAACCCCACCACUAAAACCUCAGUCUGGGAGAAGCCACCAGAUCUAAUGGAUCGACCUGAUGUUGAGAAGAUGGUGAACAAUCCUCCUGCUGAGGUGGUCGGACUUAAGAACAAAGCUGAAGAACCCUCAAAAGAUGAGCCUGCUACCAAGAAAGCACGCACUGAUCAGACGCUCAUAACCUCAGCUGUGGCCACUACUCAGCCAGCCAUCAUUAGUCAAGUCAAAGAAGAUGUGAAGCGUAUAGACAUUGGCAAGGAAGCUGCUAUAGAGGCUGAGGUCAAGGCAGCCCGAGAGAGAGCAAUAGUGCCACUUGAAAUUCGCAUGAAGCAGUUCCGAGACCUUCUGGCAGAAAAAGGGGUAUCGGCUUUCAGCUCCUGGGAAAAGGAACUCUCAAAGAUAGUGUUUGACUCCCGAUACCUUCUGCUCACGUCCAGAGAAAGGAAGCAGGUCUUCGAGAAGUACGUAAAGGAGCGCGCAGAGGAGGAGAGGCGGGAAAAGCGUAAUAAGCUGAAGGAGCGGAAGGAGGAGUUCCGGAAGCUGCUGGAGGAAGCAGGGCUCAAUGGGAAGUCAUCAUUCAGCGACUUUGCAGCCAAGUAUAGCAAGGACGACCGCUUCCGCAACAUUGAGAAGAUGCGAGAAAGGGAGAGCCUCUUUGAUGAGUUCCUCCUUGAAGUGCGGCGCCGGGAGAAGGAGGAAAAGGCAGCUAAGCGUGAGCAG